AAAAGCCCGUAGUGUUGACAUACAGCAGGCUGAAAAUGAAGCUAGCGGAUAUCUAGCGGCGACUUCUCUCCGCUCGUUUAGUUCAAAUGGUCAAAUAUUAAACGAAGGAAUAUUGUUUUUAAGAAACAUAUUAUGUCCAGUCUUGGCGAGGACGCGCCACCGUCGGUUCUAUAAGUUGUCAGUGCCCGUCUGGAUCUGGAGCUUCACAACCAGGCGAUGACAGCGACUACCGCCACUCCACAGGGCAUGAGAGACCGGUUACUGGAAGCCAUUGACGUCCACAGCAAUGAGAUCUCCAACAUUGUGAUUGUCAUGGAGGUGAUCUCUUUCCUGGAAAAAUAUCCAAUUACCAAAGAAGCCCUGGAGGAAACUCGUCUUGGGAAACUCGUCAACGAUGUCCGCAAGAAAACCAAGAAUGAGGAUCUUGCCAAACGUGCCAAGAAGCUCGUGCGGACGUGGCAGAAUUUGAUCAGUCCAGGAAGGAGCAACGUGUAUUCCAAAGGUGCAUCGUGGUCUUCUAUUGCUGUAGUCAACCAUUGCAGCCCCAUGACAGCUGCCACUCCACCUUCAGGUAAAACAGGUGUGGAAUUAAAGCACAGAAAGGACUUAAACAACUGGGAGAAAUCAUCAAGCAACAGGAAACACACUGAAGACUCGCAGGAAGGACUCUCGCCAGCAAAGAUGCCUAAAAAGGCUGUAAAUGGCAAAAGCCAAUACCUGCUUUCAAGCAAAAACAAAAGUGGCGCCGACAUUUUAACAGAUUUAUAUCAGACUGUAAACAAGGACUUUUCUAAACUAAAUAACAGUGGCAAGCUGCUAAAUGUUAAACCUGCACAACCUCACCCGAGUAGUUCAGGGUCCAGCAAACCUCCGAGCGCCUCUUUGUUACUCAAAGCAUCCGUUUUGCAGCAACAGCAAGCUGCCUUUAAGGAGCAGCACCAACCCAAUAUGUCCGUACAUUUCAAGCUACAGGAAGGUGCAGCGCCAGCACAGAAUAUAUGUAACCAAACACUGAGACUUGUGUCUACGGACACUCCCGUUCAAACCUUAAAGGGGUGUCUUCAGGGUUCACAGGAAGAUGACGGCGCUUUUACUGAUGCGGCGAACAACGGACAGAACCAUAGGUUUCACGAUGAUGCCGUUAAACUAGACAGAGGAGACCUAGAGGACACUAAGCAUGUUAGGUUAAAAGACCGGAGACUGAUAUUCAACGCUGUAACAGGUCAAAUCCAAGCUUCCGUCAAUAAAGAAAAGGAGAAAGAGAAACUACAGACAGAGCAACCAAAGCAGAAUCCACCACUUCCUCUCAGUCUGUUGCAGCACACCGAUUGGAAAGAGCUGUCGAGGAGCGAAAUCAUCCGCUCCUACCUUAGCCAGCAGAGUAGCAUUCUGACGUCAUCGGGCGCUCGCACUCCCACUGCGCACUUUUUCACAACAGACGUACAAAGAAAAGAGGAUGAGAAAACACACGAGUUGAUAUCCGUGCCCCCGAGCAGGGAUUUACCCGGAGUGGGCAGAGAGAUCAGCAAUGAGGAGGUGCGGAGGUUACACACAGAGCACUGGUCAGGGGUUAACGGUUGCUACGACACACGGGGUGACUGGUACCAGUGGACACAGUGCAUCUCCUUGGACCCACAUGGGGAUGAGAGCAGGUUGGACAUACUGCCGUACGUCUGUUUGGAUUGAAACUGGGAAGGUGUAAGGUUGCCGUUUUCACCGCUGCAGCACAUACCUUCUUCUGCGUUUUGUGCAUGCAGAUUGCAUGACGAUGGUAAUCUGUAAUUUCAGGAGCUUUAGCUGUUUUGUUUCUGUGUUUGUGGGACUUCCAGCUAAGCCAAAAUGCUUUGUACACUUUUAGGUCUGUUUGUUUGCGCGUACAAAUUAACUCAAAAACACCUGAAAAUAACAGGCUGUGUUUUUCUCAAAAUUUGUGACUUUGACGAAAGACUGCGGCAAACUAAAGGAUAUACGGCGUCCUUCACAUCGUGCUACAAAUAUUGCAUUUUCACCACAGUGUCUGUUUUUUUAAGCAUAUCCUACAACUUUUCUUGUCCUAAAUUAAGCAUUUUUAUGCAUAACAAUUAGGGGUGUGGGAAAAAAUCGAUUCGAAUUCGAAUCGCGAUUCUCACGUUGUGCGAUUCAGAAUUGAUUCUCAUUUUAAUUAAUCAAUCCAACAAAACAAUACACAGCAAUACCAUAACAAUGCAAUCCAAUUCCAAAACCAAACCCGACCCAGCAACACUCAGAACUGCAAUAAACAGAGCAAUUGAAAGGAGACACAAACACGACAGAACAAACCAAUAGUAGUGAAACAAAAAUGUAUAUUAUCAACAACAGUAUCAAUAUUAGUUACAAUUUCAACAUAGCAGUGAUUAAAAAUCCCUCAUUGACAUUAUCAUUAGACAUUUAUAAAAAAAAAAGAACAAUA